AUUUAUUAUUUAUUUUCAGAUUGCCUGUGGUUGCAUACAAAUAACAUUAGUAAAAGAAGAAUCUAAAUUUUCAUAAUGGCUCCUAGUUAUAAAGUGAUCCAUUUUAAUUUUAACGGAAGAGGAGAACCAAUAAGAAUGCUCUUAACUUGGGGAGGAAUUCCAUUUGAAGACAACAGAAUUGAAUGGGUUGACUGGCCAAAAAUAAAACCAACUACACCUCUGGGACAACUUCCAGUUUUGGAAAUAGAUGGAAAAGGUUACACUCAAACUCUACCACUUUGCAGAUAUUUAGGAAGAUUGCUUAAGCUUGACGGCAAAGAUAUGUUGGAAGAUUUGGCUAUAGAUUCUGCUGUUGAAAUGACUUGGGACAUGCUUAGAACUGCUUAUAAACGCAUGAUGGAACCUAGUGAAGAAAGAAAAAAUCAAUUAUUGGAUAAACUACAUGGUCAAAUGACUGUGUUAUUAGAAAAACUUGAAGAAAAUACCAAGAAAAACGGAUAUAUUGCAAUAAACAGGAUUACUUGGGCAGAUUUGGUAUUCCUUUGCGGAUACGAAGACUUGGAAAAUCUUUUAUUUGGUGAAAAUCCGUUUGCUAAAUACCCUAAUCUCUCUGAAAAAUAAGCUUCUCGAAAAUGAAAAUAUUAGGGAAUAUCUCCUGAAAAGACCUACCAACACUUGGAUGACUUCUUAUAAUCUGAAAAAUGAAUUCUAAUUGUGAAUAAAGUGAAAAAUUUUGAUUUGUUGUAAAUAAAUUUAUGUUUUUCUUAAAGUGUGGUAAUUUUUGUGUGUUUUUAUGUAAAAAAUACAUUAUUAAUUCAAACUUUAGC